GUAUCGAUAUCGAUGUGGUCGGCACCUGUCACUAUUGCGGGGGCCGGGCGGCAGGUGCGGCAGACGCGGCGGCGCGCCAGUCUCCCGCGGACCUCGCCCCGGACACACGUCGCGACAAAUAUCGACAAUACCGACACGUGCGUGGCGCAACCCUAUUCUUGUUGUUCUAUAUACUAUAUACAAAACUGUGCUGUGUUAACCCCUAUAUUACAACUCCUGGAAUUCUGUCAUUUCAAAGGUAUCGAAAGCCAUUCGGACGGUGUGUAGUGAGUACAAAGAUAGUAUGUGCAGUGACGCAACACAGUUGUAUGUGAGGGACAGCCGGUGACAAUUGUGCAGUGGCUACAUGUGAGUGACUUGUGGACAAUGAUCGUUUGGCGUACGAAGAACACUAGUCGUCGGAAAUACGGGGGCUGGUCCAAAAUGGCAUCAGAUGUCGCGUCACAUAUAAGGAAAUCAACAGUUUUAUGGCUAAUUUUGGCCUUAACGAAUACGCGGGCGCGGGCGGGCGAGCUAUGGCCGAUGGAGCGACCAGACGGGAUGCCAGUCAUACAGUCACUAGAAGUCAUGUGCGGGAAGGAUCACAUGGAUGUCCAUCUCACGUUCUCUCACCCUUUCGAGGGCAUUGUCUCGUCAAAAGGUCAGCACGGUGACCCCCGAUGUGUCUACGUACCGCCUUCGACGGGCCAGACGUACUUCUCAUUUCGGAUCGCAUACGCCAAGUGUGGCACUAAACCAGAUCUUCACGGGCAGUUCUACGAGAAUACGGUGGUUGUGCAAUAUGACAAGGACCUGCUUGAAGUGUGGGACGAAGCAAAGAGGCUGCGGUGCGAAUGGUUCAACGAUUACGAGAAAACCGCUUCCAAACCUCCCAUGGUUAUCGCCGAUUUGGAUGUCGUGCAGUUAGAUUUUAGAGGGGACAAUGUGGACUGUUGGAUGGAGAUUCAAGCAGGGAAGGGACCUUGGGCGGCCCCGGUGUCAGGGAUAGUCCCUUUAGGGUCCACCCUCACGCUGGUUGUCGCCAUCAACGAUUAUCGAGGUGAAUUCGACAUGCGAGUGAAGUCGUGUGCUGCGUCAGAUGGCUCCGGCCAUGUGAUUCAACUGUCAGAUGAAUAUGGAUGCGUGCUGCGGCCUAAGAUGAUAUCAAGAUUCCUGAAAGCAAAAGCAGUAGAUGAACGGGCCACCGUCAUUACGUACGCAUUCUUCCACGCUUUCAAGUUCCCUGAUGCCCUCAGCGUCCACAUCAGGUGUAAGGUGGAAAUCUGCAGGCACGGCUGUUUGGACCACUGUCAGUUGGCCGGAGUUACUCCUCAAAGACACGGCGCCUUGGACAGAAAAGACGAUAGGACUCAUCAAGAUCACAACGAGAUAAAUGAUUCAUCAGCUGAAGAUGGUGGUCUAUCGGACAUAUCAGACGAGGCCCGUCUUCCUUUAGAAGAAGCGUUUGGUGAUGAAGUGUCAGGCGAUGUGGUGCUGGCUCCGGCUCCGCUACCACAGAGAGCCCCGGCGCCUGUUAUUGAACCUGAAAGUGAUCACAUGUCUGCUGUGGAAGAGUUGGUCGAAGCCCUCGCUAGACCUUUUACUGACCGUCCCUCGAACAUCGAUCGCGAACGCUUCCCCCACGGACCUCGUAACCUUGGCAACCAAGUUCCCGAACCAUCUGGUGAUGGUGUAGUCCCAGCCAAGGCACCAGGUCCUGCUGUAGCUGGUCCCAGGUCUCUUCGCAAACGAAGAACUGUCCGCGAUGCUAGGUCUGCUGAUGUUGGCGUUUCGGGUAUAUACGAAGUUGUAUCUGAAGCUGAUUUGGCUUUCGGACCUUCGAGAACCGAACCUGUCACUGUGUUUAGCGGAAGGAUUCGUGAAGAGGUCGUUUACGGAAUCUGUAUGGGAGCAGUUAGCUUCGGUGCCCUGUUCGCGUCAGCGGCCGGCGCCGCUGCGGGUGCUGCACUUGCCGCGGCUGUCAUGCUGCAGAAACUUCGAUCUCGAAUGGCAGUCCAACCUCCCAUUCCUGUGUCUCCGGCCCCAGCGUCACAUUCCCUAGCUGCGUGGAUGGCUUUAAGACUCCUUGGAUCACAACCUCAUCCACAUCAUUCCCGUGACGGUUGAUACCAACCUAAUAAAAUCCUACCGAAGACUGUACUUAGAUGCUAAAUAUUAAAAAAAAAUCCUGCUCCUGUGUGUUUUCCAUUCCUUCCCUUCCCUGUAGUAAUCGAAUCCUACCGAAGACUGUUCUUAGAUGCUUAAUAUUCAAUUAUAUUUCCUUUGUGUUUUAUAUUAUGUUAGCAUUCCUUGUCUUCUAUGUCAUCUGUGUAUAAUAUCGAAGAAAUAAUUUCUUCUAAUUAGAGUUAGAUACCUGAAUUUAGAAUUGUACCCUCAAUUGGAAUCGAAAGGUCAGUUGCAUCCAUGUAUUAGAUGUUAGACUCGCAGAAAAUUAUUUAAAGCAUGCUUAUAAUUUAUGUUAUAGUAUAAGUAAAGUCGCCUUAAAUAAUGGUGCUAGGUCGUGCUACGGACUAAGUCCUGAGAACCUGAUAUUGAAUUUUUCACUUUUGUGAAUAUUAUACAUGUGUAUACCGAUAAGUUUUGUACAGAAUUUUUCUACGUUUUUAUUGACUAACUUAUUAUCAUUGUCGUGUUCUUUAGUGUCUAGAGGAUAAGAAUAAACGUCGAGUCAUGCCAUUAGAAUAAGUUUUAGUUAAUUUCAAUUCGAUAGCGAGUUUUUUUUAUCCAGUUUAGCACUAAUCGUGUCUAAAGGAGCUCCUACAUUCAAAAUAACACUGAUUUCGAUAAUUUCGGAAUCAUUGUUAUUUGUUAUAUCUUUAGGUACCUACUGAAACCUGUGAGGCUUUAACCAUACUACAUCAGUAGGUACCUGCUCAAUCUUUAUGAUUUUAAUAAUUUGUAUAACUUAAAGUUAUUUUAUCAAAUCCAUUUGGCUUUACAUUAUUAAGUUGAUUUAAAUUUCUAGUAUCAGUUUUUGUUUCUAUUUAAAUAAUAGGAUCAAUAUUCAUCAAUGAAUAAUUUAUAUUCAAUUUUCGAGUUGAACUGGUUUCAUUAAAUAAAAUAAUAGUUAUGCCGACUACUGUGCUUUACUGUUAUAAAUGUCUAGUUGUAAUAACGGUUAGACCAACUUUGGUAUGUAGAAUUUCCCCGACAUCGUUUAACUGCGUUCUAAGUUGGUAAAAUCGUUUAAAAUUAAGAUAAAUAUUUUAUAUAAUUUGUAUAUUUACAAUAUUUCAGAUGUAGGUUAACGACAUUAUUGUAUCAUACGUUUGUUCAGACACCAAUGAGUUCUAUGUAAUAGAUUCUUAAUUUCAAAUGAAAAUUUUGCAUUUAUUUAAGCAUUUAUAUUAAUAUUGCUCAAUAUUAAUUGUAUCCAUCUUUAGCUAUGAAUAGAUAGGUUUAGAUAAGUUUUUAGCUAGAUUGAGAAAUGGUUAUAGAGAUCGACUUGUUAGUAUAUUUUUUUGAUUUAGUAACAAAACAGUGUGUGUGGAAUGUAUAAUAUCCAUAGGCUGUCUGAUUUUGUUUAUUAUUUCGUAGUUAUACCAUUUUUGGUAAUACCUCUUGUGAAACAUGGAUAGGCACCUUAAAAUAGACAUGUCUAGGCAAUGUCACGCAUGCAUACCUGGCCUUGCUUGUUAUAUUAUAUACCCUUAUUUUGUAUAGCAAUUCAGUAGAUUUCAGACGGACGCACAAACAUUUAUAUAUUUUGACAAGAAUUUCGCGUUGUAAUCCAGAAAUUAUAGUCGAUCUCGCAACCAUAAUAAAAUAUGACAUGCCACCCAAAAAUCUUGCAUUUAUUAUAGAAAAACUAUUAUUAUAUAAGUUGAAUAGAGUUUUCAUUCGAAAACUGUCUCCCUAAGUGCAAUUUUACUUUUUAUUAUUAAUUAAAUGUAUUUGUAUUGUUUAUUUUUAUUUGAAUAUUUCUGCGGUAAUGGUAUUUCUUGGUGUAAAGUCUCUUGUGGCACUAUUUCUUUUAUAAAUAAUAUUCUGGUAUAUAGUAUUUAUAACUUACGAACAAAAUGUUUUAAGUUUCACUGUGUGGAUGCGGUGACGAUGUGUUUUACGCGUAAGCACCUGUUAAUUUGUUUAAUGGAUUAAAAAUUAUGUUGAAACAUA